AUGACAGGCGCAUUGCUGAAGGGCCUGAAGGCCGUAUUUGUUUUCGGCUACGGACUGUUCUCUUUUGCGAUCUACGUCUUGAUCGGUAUUCGACGUGGGUUUUUCUUCAAGGGUACUACAGAAAAAGAAAGACUGGAGCUGCAGCUAGCGCGCAAUCGUUUCUGGAAUCUCUCGGAAAAGUAUGCCGGUCUCUCGCACCAGAUUCUCACCUUGCGAAACGGAUUUAAGUUUCACUAUGUUUGCAAUGAGACCGCGUCCGACGCCUCAACCGACUCCAACAAACCACUCGUCAUCUUCAUCCACGGGUUCCCUGACAGCUGGGCUGUCUGGAGGAAUAUUGUCAGCUCGGAAGCUCUCCAGGAGAACGCCACCAUCGUCGCCAUUGACACUCCCGGUUACGGUGGUAGCGACAGCUUGGAGAAAUACACGGCCACCAAUGUGCUGGAGAGCUUGACUGAGUUCAUCAUCACUCUUCGCGCCAAUUACGGGGUCGAUGGAGAGUCUGGCCCGCGGAAGCGGAAAACGAUCAUUGUUGCGCAUGACUGGGGAUGCGUGCUCUCCAUGCGCCUUGCAGCGGAGGCUCCCGAGCUCGCUGAUCGGUUCAUCCUGACCAACGGUCCUUUGGUCCGGCAUUAUUUCUCAAACAUCCAGCGGUUGGCGUCUUCCUCAUUUAAGAUGUUGAAGACCUCUCUGCGAACGCCGAUUCAGUCCCGCUCCACCAUCUUCAAGGCUAUCAAGACGUUGAAGCCGGUCGUCCGUCAGGUGGGUCUCUCCGGCUAUAUCUUUGUCAUGCACUUGCCCCUUGCAUAUGUCCGGUAUCUGGGCUCGGGGGGCAACUUUUUCUUUCUGAAGAUGGCCCACAAAGCCUCGUACGGGAGCACACCCUUCACCGAUCGCGACGCUGCAGAAUGCAUGGCGAGCUCUAUUGGCCCCUCGAUUGAGGAAUGUCGGACACAGACGGCCGACGGCGAUGAAUACCCCGUCGCACUGGCAAAGGAGCGUGCUUAUGCCAAUUUCGAGCACAUGGCCAAGUACUACCGCGAGGGUCUUGCGUUGGCCCGCUGGGAAAAGUCCGUCCAGACUAUCACGGACCUGCACAGUAUUUCCGGUGGAAGGGAGCUGCACCGAGCCAGCAGCGGCGCGGGCAUCUUUGACGAUGGACCGAAGGGCGCUCUGAAAGCACCGGCUACGGUUCUCUGGGGCAAGCAAGACAUCGCUCUGGACCCGCGGCUCUGUCUUGAUGGAAUUUCAGACUAUCUCGUGGCCGACAGCCAGGUCAUCGAACUCCCUCGGUCGGGUCAUUUUACUCCUUUGGAGAAAGAAAGUGCCCUGGCGCUGGAAAAGGCUGUUGAAUGGGCGGUUCAGGGAGAGAAGAAUGAUAUUGUCGCUGUGCUGCAGGCUUGCUAUGCAGGAGCUGUGGUGAAGGUUCGCAAGUGA